AUGGCCAAGCUGCAGUCCCUAAGGGGUCCGCAAAAUAGUGGGGCUAAUUUCCGCGAGGCUUGUUUUUGCCAUAUGGAGAAGAUCGACAUGACACUCAUCCAAUUUGGGUUGAUCCAGAGGAUAAUUAUUGUAUACUGGGGUAUCAACAUUUCUAUGGCCUUCUAA